AUGAAUUGGACGCCAGACUCUCAGGGCCAGUAUGCGGGCACAUGCAUAUUUCUGAUCGCCCUUGCGGCAAUCUUUAGAGCAUUGCUGGCUAUCCGUUUCAACUUCUACCCCAUGCUGGCUUCUUUCGAUACCCGAAGUAACGGUGGCGUGGAAUAUGAGCCCUACCACAACGAGAAGUCGCCUCGGAGGCCGUGGCGGGCAAGGGAAGCAGUCAUGGCGGCAUUCGUUGAUGUCGUAUUGGUGACUGUUGGGUAUUUGCUCAUGAUUGCCGUCAUGACCAUGAAUGUUGGGUAUUUCCUGAGUGUAUUGGCGGGAGUUUUUGUGGGAAGCGUGUUAUUCUCACGGUUUAUGGGAAAUUCGGCGUCGCUACAUUGA